AUGAAUGAGGAGGCACUGUUGGCGCGGGCUUCCGAGGAGCGGGAGCGUAUCUUUCAGAGAUAUGAGCGGGGUCGAGAAAAUCUUGUCGGCCAAAUAGACCCUUGGGAAGAUCCAGAAUUUGAAGAGUAUCACAAAACUGACAGAUAUGGUUUCAUACACGAUGAGCGCUUGCCGCAGAAAACGGCAUCGCAAAGAGUCACCACUGAGGUGGAAAGGGAAAAAAAAUGGGUCAAAAUGCUUGCGAAUUGGGAUUCUCCAACAACCAAGGAAAAAUUGCAUAGGCGAAUAUACAAAGGCAUUCCAUUAUCUCUACGCAUGAAAGUAUGGUGUAAGCUGUUAGAUAUCAAUAGAAUUAAAUCUGAAAAAGUUGGUAAAUACCAAGAGAUGCUUAAAUUAGCCAAACAAUGGUCGACCGAUGUAAGACAAAUUGAUUCAGAUGUUAAUAGACAAUUUCGUGAGCAUCAAUUCUAUAGGGAGAGGUAUUCUGAGAAGCAGUGUUCGUUGUUUAAUGUUCUAUGUGCAUAUAGUAUGUACAAUUCGGAAGUUGGGUAUUGCCAAGGCAUGUCUGGUUUGGCAGGAGUAUUGUUAAUGUAUAUGGAUGAAGAGGAUGCCUUUUGGGCACUUGCAGUACUCUUGUCUGACAAAAGGUACGCCAUGCACGGACUGUAUAUUGAAGGCUUUCCAAAGCUAACGAGAUUCCUAGAACAUCAUGAUAAGAUACUCACAAAGUUUAUGCCGAAACUGAAACACCAUUUUGACAAGUUCGGUUUAGAUGCAAUACUAUAUUCUCUUAAAUGGUUUUUCGUAUGUUUCGUGGAACGAGUGCCCUUUAGCCUGUGUUUGAGAGUAUGGGAUAUAUAUUUGCUUGAUGGUGAAAGAGUGAUAACGGCAAUGGCAUAUACAAUAUUAAAAUUACACAAAAAGGCGAUAAUGAAGCUUAAUGACAUGGAUUUGAUUGUAAAUUAUAUUCAAGUAAAGUUGCACAAAGAUUUCGGCUACGAAGAUGAUAUUGUGAUUUACCAUUUGGAGCGCUCCAUGGAAGAGUUAAAACGAGCUAAACUCGAUUACCCUGGGCAGCCACCUGCUAACGAGUUGCCAAAGCGACAACUUGGCAUGUUUGUGGAGCCGGACAAGAAGUCAAAAAUUGGUCAGCGCGCGGAAAAUUUUUCCGAUACGGAGAAGCAGGCCCGAGCAACGGUAAUUUUAAGACGUGAAAAAGCCGCACUGGAGUUGCAAGAGCUACGCGUUUCACAGAGCGAUACAGUUUCAGAGCACAGUGGCGUUGCGAGCGGCGUUCGUUGUGAGGAUUCUGUCUCGGCACUCGGCUCGCGGCGCUCCCUGGCCGACACGAGCGUGACGAGUACAGCCGACCUCAGCGUAUUCUCCAGCGGGCGCUCGCACGCACCCGACAACUCUCUCGACACCCAUAGCAACGUCAGCGACGACGGCACUGGGUCAGAUGGAUCUGGUGUAUGCGGGAUGAGUAUCCAGAGGGCGCCAUCCACCGCACAUUCCACUCCACGAGCGACGCCUCGCCCACCUUCAGUAUCUCCUAUGUCUGAUGACGUGGUCCGCAUUCAUGUGACGUACAACCCUUUGUCAGCCAGCCCUUCCCAUUUGCACCCCAUUAGCCCUUCAAAGUUCAAGACCUAUACCGAGGAACACCACAAACCAGUCUCCUUAGGUUUUUAUACGACUAAUGGCAGCAAUCAUCCGUCAGAUAACAGAAUUAGAAUACAGGUACCGUCAGAGGAACUGUUGACCCCAGUAGUGGAUUCUGGACGGAUUAUCUCACAACGUUACAUUGAAUCUCAUUCGGAUUUAUAUGAUCUUAAAUAG